AUGGUCCCGGAGAUAUCAGAGGAGGCGAUUGAGGCAUUCGUGUCGUUCACGAGUGCCUCGAAAGAACAGGCAGUCGCUUUUCUCCAGCACAACAACGGCGAUUCCCAGAGAGCUAUCAAUGCGUAUUUUGAAAACCCGGACGACCCUUUCCCACAGACACCUCCCCUAACAGCGCAUCGAUACGACCAGGAACCUGUUACCGAGAUCAAGACUCACGACUACCAAGGCCCGGGACCCCAGAAUACCGGUUAUGGAGCUGCCCCGUCCCGUCCGCCCUCGCGAGUCGGGAUCCGCGAGAAGAAACAGGUGGAGUCGACUACUCAGACAGCGAAUAUACUGGGAGACCCGAGUUAUUCGGAUAACCUAGAGGGGUUUACGUUGGCGCAACGUGAAGAACAUGAGAUGCAACAUGCGAUGGCCGCAUCACUGGGCCAUGAUCUGUCUACCGCCGGUCAGGAAUCCGGUGUGGUCACUUCGGAAGGCUCCAAACUUGGACCUGCAAAUCGCGACCACUACGAGGCACAGUCGUGGGCCCUGACGCUACAUGGCGCUACGUCGCGGGAGAUAUGCUUGGAUCCGGACCCAGAGCUACGGAAGAGAGCUGAUGAUAUACCUGUCUUCCUCCGACCCAGCGUGGAUGGAGAUUACCUUCCCUCCUUUUUAACUAUUCUCCACGCUAUCCCGUUAGCCAGGGAAGAGCUCUUAUGGAGGGAUAGAGUAUUAUCCGAUUAUGGGCAUGACAGCCAAUGGUGGAAUGGACAGCCGAUAUUGAACGCCAGUGAUCAAGUGGAUGUAUCACAGGAGACAGAGACACCACUAGAGGAUACCAUUCACGAGACUCAACGGUUGAUGGCUCUCCUUGACCGCACCCAUCGAGCGUUUGGAAAUGCGGAUGUUUUGGCUGAUAUGAAGGCAUUAAAAUGCUGGAGACCCGAUGACCGAAUAGCUACCUUUUUCAAAAUAUGGGAAGAAAUCUCACCCCCGGAAGAUGAUGAGCUACCGCAGAAAACCUUCUUCUCGAGAGGAGUCAAACAGUCACUCGCAGAAGACGAAUCUGCAAACGAAGCAUUUUCCUUGCUAGAUCUCACGGUCGACAACAACUCCGCUGGACGAACACUAUACGAGCUCCUCGAUGGACAUAUCUGGUGCGAUAUGCCUGGCAAGGACCUCGAUGACGUAUGGCUAGACGAGGUUGCGCCCGUUUUCACGAUGCGUAUUAAUAGUAGCCAUAACAACGGCGGUCGUGUAGACGUGAAGAUUCCUGCUGUGUGGUACCCUGACAGGUACAUGGACCACUGCAAAGAAUUCGCCGCGGAACUUAGAAAACGGCGUCUCGUUGUUGACAUUGAGCUGGAGAAGCUGGGAAUGCUGAUUGACCGGUUUAUGGCCAAGAAGGGAGGUGUGUCGAUUGAUACGAUUGUGGAAAAAGUUCUCGCUGGCUCGCAGGUCGCUCUAAACAGCCCAUACCAAGCUGAUGGCGCGACAAAACCACCUUCCACUACCCUGGAAGACGUAGCCAGCCUUGUCGACCAGCUGAAAGCGUUGUCAGAGGAAAUUACCCAUAAGAUAAAAGAACUGGAGGAAAGAAAGAGACAAGCUAUCGAGAGCCUGCGACAGCUCUCCAACAGCUUUACCGGUCCGCCGUCGUCUCCAGAUGAAUCACCACGUCACAAGUAUACCCUUCGUGGCGUGUGCACGGAGCCACAUAUUUUCUACAUCCUGAAACGCCGAAAGCAAGAUAUCGACCUGAUGACGGACGAUAUCGCUGAUGCACCAGCGUCUGACGAGUGGCAGUGGUGGCGAAUCAGCUUUUCAGUCGCAGAUGCGAGAGUUAGCUCUGGAUCCGCGACACUGAAACCAACCCCCCAAGGAGACUCUGCAACAUCCUCUCAGCCCGGCAGCAAGAGCGUAUCUAGAGCCGUGGUGGCAGAUAACGUGGAUAUCAUUGGGUAUACGGCGCGCCCGGUACGAGAGGUUGAAGUCCUGCGUGCUGCCAGGGAAGAAUACAGCACCGUUCUGCUGGUCUAUGCCAACGAAGAUGCUAUGAAUUUCGAGGCCGCAGAUCUCCCCGAACCAUUAAAGAAUUUCGUGGAUACGGAUAACGAACUAUUCCGGCAAGAGCUCGAGGCAUUCACAGCAGACCUUCAAGGGAAAGCAGACGGAGGUGAGAACGAUGAUGUCUACAGCACUGGAGCAGAGCAAGGUGACCUUUUAAUGGAAGAGGCAGGCUCCGCUCCUCAGCCAGCGGUAGAGGAUGAGGGCACCUCUGACAAGCCGCCGACGACUGGUAAAAACGCACAAGCCCAAGAGCAAGGCGUUAAAGGUCAAGAGAUGCAAGAACGAGCAGGACAGCACAGUGCCAGCAUCGUUCCACCACCGACGACGCCACGACGAGCAAAUGUACAGCCCAAGUCGAUGGACCAGAUCAGGGAGGAAGAGGGCGAGGAUGCGGACCGUAUGCACAUUGAUGGAGGAAGCCAGGCUCCGGCGGCCUCCAGAACCAUCACCAACAUAACAUCACCAUACAUCACCACACAGCAACACGAGGGCGAGGUAGAGAUGGACUCCGAAUACACGACCAGCACGGCAGCAGACACCAUCGAGCUCCUCGAGUCUCGCCUCCGAAGAAUCGAAUUCCUACUCACCGGUCAGACGAACUGGGCCGGCGAGCCAGAACAGAUAUCCGAACCACCAGCUUCAGUUCGAGAUACGGUCUCUGCCCGUCUAGCUGAGCUGGAACACGGCCUGAAACGUCUAUCUGCCCAAGUACCAGCCGUACAAGAUGUGUUGAAGCUAUACUCGCGAUUCCCUGACCUCUUCCAGUCUGCGCCUACACAUACACCACCGCCUACGCUGUCGCCUGGCACACUGGCAUCUAUCGUGCUUUCAUACGCUACUGCUUUCCCCGAGACUGCAUCACGGCUUAGCUCGUUACAGGACCUGCCUAUACCGCCUGCCAGCGCGUCGACGGCGCUGGUCGAGCUACAGCCGCGACUGGAUAAGUGUCUGGAGACGCAGAGACGGCAGGCGGAAGAAGUAGCUGAGCUGAGGGUGCAGAGCACGCUGUUGAUGAAGAGGUGGAUUGAGGUUGGGCUGGUGGGCGGCGGAGAGGUCUGGGGAGAAUGGGAGGAGCGCGUGAAGCUGGUUGAGAGGGAGGUGAGGAGGGAAGAGAGGGCGCAGGAGGAGAGAUAG